CAAUGAACGAGGAAAUAUAUAAUAAUAACAUGAAAAAUGAUGAUAAUUCUGACAUUGGAAAUGAAAAACCAUUAAGUGAAUAUUCGAAGAAGUUGGAAACAUAUUUAAAAAGUCAUGAUAUAAAAUGUUUCAAUUAUUCGGAAUGUAACAAUCUUAAGCGUAUAGGACAGGGUGGAUUUGCAACUGUGUAUUCCGCAUAUUUUCAGAAAAGAGAAUAUGCAUUAAAAAGCCUAAACAAUAACCUAUGUCUAGAUGAUGAUUCAUUUAAAAGAUUAAGAAAUGAGAUUAUAAAUAACGAAAGAGAACGAAAUAUUGAGAAUACUCCUUCAGAUUACGUUGAUGUUUAUAGUAAAUGUUGGUCUUCUGAACCAUCUCAACGUUUAACAUUGAGGGAAAUUUUGGACAAGCUUGAAAAACUAUCGACAUAUUCUAAAACUGAAUUUAUUACCAAUGAAAUUAAUCAUUCACCUCGCGAACAAACGAGCACUGAAAAACUUUUUGAAGGAAACAAACAUACUUCACUAAAAGAAACUAAAAAUGUUUGUUUUUCUACGCCUACAAUUGAAACCACAUAUUGGAAAAUUGAAAAGGAUAACAAAAAUUUCGUUGAAUAUGAUUCUAUGAAAAAUAUACUUAAUGGUUCGGAUGAAUUUCAAAUUGUAGAUGAUGACAUAAAGCCAUUCAUUCCCUUAAUAAAUAAGGUCACAGAAAUAGCCAAUCAAAUGCAAAUAAUCCAAGAGAAUGCAAAAUGUUACAAUAAAACAUGCCUGGCGUUAUUGGAUCGUAUUGAUAUUACACAAACCGCAGUGAAAUGCUUGCAACGAAAUCGUAGAACUUACAAUCUUUAUCGAAAACAAGAUUAUUAUGAUAAUUGGGUUAGACUUAUCAACGUUUUGGAAAAUAUUAAAAAGUUUGCUGAGGAAAUUACGCAAAUGUCAUGUUUUCAGGUGUACAAAAAUAAUCUUGAUGAAAUUAAAAUUCAUUAUGAUAAAAAUAUCGAACAACUCGAAAGUGUUUGUAAAGACUUGAGUUUGAAUUCAGUUAUAUAUGAUAUAACACAAAAAGAAAAUGAAAUACAGGAUGUUAUUGAUGAUAUAGAUUUAGCUAAGAAAUUUCAAUCUGAACUGCAGCAUGAAUUACGUCCUGAAAUAAUGCCAUUGGUUUGUGCAUUAAUGGAACAAUAUACUUCAUCCACCAGUGAUACAGAUAUUGCAUUUGUAAUGGAAGAAUUCAAGGCACCUAAAAUAGAUCCAAAAGAUCUAACUAAACCACUUUCUAAAAAAGAUAAUGUUCGUGGAGCUAAUGGAAAUGUUAUUAAGAAGCUUUAUCGUGGAAUUGAAGUUGCGUGUAAAAAAUCUCAACAUGAUGAAACAUGGAAUGAUGAGCCUUCAGCACGUCCUAAUGAUUUAGAAAUGCAAAUAAACCUUAAGAAUAUUUAUGAUAAACAUGCAGGAAUUUCCCCAGAUAUAAGUUUUAAAAAUCCUAAUUCUAGUAUUUCCCAGAGAAAAAAUAAUAUCGAUUCUCAAAAAAUUGAACAAUGUGAAACUUCCGACAAACCCGCCUUGAAACGUCAACCUAAAGCCAUAGAGCUUUUGGAAAAAAUUAAAAUGAAAAAAGGAAAAUUCUAA